GUGGAGGCUUUACGGUUUGGGGACUUAGGGAGAAAGAGCUUAGAAGGUCUCGGUGCCUUCGAAGGGUGGCACCGUGGGGUCGAGCUGAUGGCUGGAGGAAGUGCGGGCUAUCCGCAGUUGAGCACAACGCUGAGGUUGCCAAUGUUGAACCUGCGUGAGGGCUGCGGAUGUGCGUGCCUAACUCAUUUGCUGUCUUCUUUCCAGACUCCUGGGCGACUUAGGAAAUUGACUUGCCCACAAGCUUAACGUGACUGUAAACAAGAAAAGUUCUCUGCUCUGAGAAAUACGAACGAUUGUGCUGGAAGAGACCUAUUUAUAGUAGCUUUGGGUAUCCACUUUGGGCUUUCUGAUUGGGUAAAAGUGAAGUAACGCAAUAGCCAAUGGAACGAAAGAAUUUCAGUGUCGUUAACAUUCGCAUUUGUGACGACACACUAGAAUUAAUCCAAUCGUAGAGGAAAACUUAUUAACCUCAUUUGAAUACCGCAUCUAUAAAUGCAUGUAACCUAGUGGGGGGUGAUUAUUUUCCCAGGUAUUUGCAUCAGUCUUCUGGUUUUUGCUUUUUGAACGCUGUAAUGCCUGAGCCCACGAAGUCUGCUCCUGCCCCGAAGAAGGGCUCCAAGAAGGCGGUGACCAAGGCGCAGAAGAAGGACGGCAAGAAGCGCAAGCGCAGCCGCAAGGAGAGCUACUCGGUCUACGUGUACAAGGUGCUCAAGCAGGUGCACCCCGACACCGGCAUCUCGUCCAAGGCCAUGGGCAUCAUGAACUCGUUCGUGAACGACAUCUUCGAGCGCAUCGCCGGCGAGGCCUCGCGCCUGGCGCACUACAACAAGCGCUCGACCAUCACGUCCCGGGAGAUCCAGACGGCCGUGCGCCUGCUGCUGCCCGGGGAGCUGGCCAAGCACGCCGUGUCGGAGGGCACUAAGGCGGUCACCAAGUACACCAGCUCCAAGUGAACUUGCCAAUCAGGGGAGACAUAAGAAUGCACAGAAGAAACGAAUGCAUAAAGUAACCGAAAACAUGAAUCUGUCCAUAGAAGAUAUGAAGUAUGACAAGUUUGAUCUGAUUGAGAAUGACUGACUUCUGUGUAUACCCCACCCAGAUCCAACCCAUCCUGGUUUAGCACUCAAUAAAUCAUCAAAAGGAGAUCAUUUCCUAAGCGGAAGAGACUAA